AUGCUGUUUGCUCAGGUUGAUGACAAGAAAUGGCAGCGAGCUAUGAACUUCCUGUCAGGCGUAACUGAGUUCAAUUAUAUGACGCAGGUUGUUUUGAUGGUAUACGAAGACAGCCGAGCUGACAACACUGCUACCGGCAUGGAACGAUUUCACAUUGAACUGUUGUUCUCCCCCGGGUUGUAUCCCUGCUUUUUGACCGAGAAAGAGAGAAUAUAUGAGAGUCGACUGAAUAAAUCAAAUGGAAUGACGAAGAGUCAUUCGCGUGAAGGGAACUUCAAUGGCUCCGUUUCACCGAAUUCGGGAGAGGAUAGAAACACUGAUUCGCCACCAAUCUUCAUGACAGUACCUACCAAUAUCGCUGAUGACCUUGUCUCUGUGGCUAGUACAAGUGAGGACCAGAAGGCCGCUGAAGCAUCUGGGUGAGU